UGAUGAUGAUGAUGAUGACCUGGACCAGACAGAAGCCGGAGAACCUGACCUGGCUGUAAAUGAGUGGCCAGCACAAUGGCCCCUGGGGUCUACUGCUUGCCAAAUAUGUGGGAGGGUGGGGUCCAGCAGGUGAAGAUGGACUUCCUCCUCCCAACAGGGAUCUACUUGAGCUUUGGUGUGUCAGGCAAUGACACCAUCGGGGCCAUCAAAAAGACUUUGUGGAGGAACGCAAAGAACGAGCCGCUCUUCUUCGCACUGAGUGACCCCGACGCAUACGUGUUCACGUGCAUCAACCACACAGCGGAGCAGGAGGAGCUGGAGGACGAGCAGCGGAGGCUGUGCGAUGUCCGUCCUAUGAUGCCCAUCCUGAGGCUUGUGGCGCGAGAGGGCGACCGUGUCGAAAAGCUCAUCACCUCCCAGAUAAGCCUACUGAUCGGCAAAGGAGUACAUGAGUUUGACACCAUGAAGAACCAUGAGGUCAACGAGUUCCGUACCAAGAUGAGGACCUUUUGUGAGGAGUUGGCGAUGGAUCGUCAGCGGUUGCCAUGGCAGAAGUGGAUAGAGUACAGUUUCCCAUGUGAUCUGGAGCCUUGCGCCCUGCUGUCCCACAGUGGAAACUUAAGGAAUCGCGCAUCCAAAAAAAUCAUAGUCAACGUGAAGUUUGAAGCGAGUGAUGAAAGCUUCACACUCCAGGUGGAGCCUCAGGAAGUCCCGUUGACCCUGAUGAAAAGUGCGCUAAAGAAAAAGGCAACUGUCUUCCGACCAAUGAAGCAAGAGAAACCAGAGGACUACGCCUUGCAGGUUAAUGGAAGAUGGGAAUUUAUUUAUGGGAAUUUCCCCCUCUGUCAAUUUAAAUACAUUUUUAACUGCUUGCACAGUGGAGUUACCCCACACCUUACAAUGGUCCACUAUUCCACUAUCACGAAGUACCAGGAGGAACAAGGAGGGAUAAGCAGGGAGAUUUCCAAGAAUCGGAGCUCCUCCAAACCUCCCCCACUACCCUUAAAGAAGCAGCAGACCAUGUCCUCGCUGUGGUCCAUCCAGGAUGCGUUCUCUAUCCACCUGAUGCACGGCAGCCGAGUGAACGCCGAUGAAGGGAUGAAGCUGGUGGUCCAGGCUGGUCUUUUCCAUGGCAGUGAGCUCCUGUGUAAAGUGGUGACCAGCAGUGAAGUCAAUGUCUGCUCAGAGCCAGUGUGGGAUCAGAAGCUAGAGUUUGACAUCAACGUGUGUGACCUGCCACGCAUGACCCGCCUCUGUUUCGCUCUGUAUGCUGUAAUUGAGAAGAGCAAGAAACCACGCUCCACAAAGAAGAAGAACAAGAAGGCCGAUUGUCCUUUGUCUUGGGUGAACACUAUGGUGUUUGAUUACAAAGACCAGCUAAAGACGGGGGAAUAUUAUCUAUCCACCUGGCCAUCAGUUCCAGAUGAUAAGACUGACCUGCUGAAUCCAAUGGGUACCGUGGAGAUCAACCCCAACACUGACAGCGCGGCGGGGCUUCUUAUUCGCUUCCAAAAUGUACGCCCUCAUCCUAUCUACUAUCCUUCCCUUGACAAGAUUAAUGACUUCAUGAUAAAUGGAAAAAAGUCCGUAGCCACAAAGGAGGAGCACUUGAAAGUGAGUGAGAUCGUGGAAAAUAAGAACUACACUGAAUUCUUUGAGGAUGACAAGGAGAUACUGUGGAAGUUGCGCUAUGAGGUGCGAGAAAAGUACUCGGAGAGUCUAUCCAAACUAUUGCUCAUCACUAAGUGGAACAAACACGAGGAUGUGGCACAGAUGGUUAGUCUCCUCCAGAAGUGGCCAGACCUCCCAGCACUUCAUGCCUUGGAGCUGCUGGACUACAGCUUCCCUGACCGCAAUGUCCGCUCCUUUACCAUAAGGUGUCUGAGAAAGCUCAGCGACGAUGAACUUUUCCAGUACUUGUUACAACUGGUUCAAGUCCUGAAGUACGAAUCCUACUUGGACUGUGACUUGACAAAGUUCCUCUUAGAAAGAGCUCUCUCCAAUAAGAAGAUCGGACACUUUUUGUUUUGGCAUCUCAGGUCAGAAAUGCACGUGCCAUCUGUAAAUCUGCGCUUUGGUCUCAUUCUUGAGGCCUACUGCCGAGGCAGCAUUUACCACAUGAAGACUUUAAUGAAGCAGAACGAAGCUCUUAACAAGAUGAAGUCCCUGAACGACUUCGUGAAGUCAGCCUCUCAGAAGGGCACUCGAACACAAACCACAGGAGAAAUGAAGAAGUGCAUCAAGCAGGAGACCUUCAUGGAGGCGCUGUCUGACCUGCUGUCGCCCCUCAACCCAAGCCUCAUACUCUCUGAGAUCUGUCCAGACAGAUGUAAGUACAUGGAUUCUAAGAUGAAGCCCCUCUGGUUGGUGUACAAGAAUGAGAAGGUGCAAGGGGACCCACUGGGCAUUAUCUUCAAGAAUGGAGAUGAUCUUCGGCAAGACAUGCUGACUCUCCAGAUGAUACAGUUAAUGGAAAUUCUUUGGAAGAAAGAAGGACUUGAUCUGAGGAUGAUUCCAUAUGGCUGCCUCUCGACUGGGAACAAGACGGGUCUGAUUGAGGUUGUGAAGAACUCGGACACCAUUGCCAACAUUCAGCGCAACAACAGCAACAGUGCUGCCACCGCGGCCUUCAACAAGGAUGCCCUACUUAACUGGCUCAAGUCCAAGAACCCAGGGGAUAAACUGGAACAAGCUAUUGAGGAAUUUACUCUGUCCUGUGCUGGCUACUGUGUAGCCACUUACGUUUUGGGAAUUGGAGACCGUCAUAGCGACAAUAUCAUGAUCAGGGAAAACGGCCAGCUGUUCCACAUUGACUUUGGACACUUUCUCGGCAACUUCAAAAGCAAGUUUGGGAUCAACAGAGAACGGGUUCCAUUCAUUCUGACCUACGAUUUUGUCCAUGUUAUUCAGCAAGGGAGAACCAACAACAGUGAGAAGUUUGAAAGGUUUCGGGAAUACUGUGAACAGGCUUACAAGAUUCUCUGUCGCAAUGGGACCUUGUUUGUAAAUUUGUUUGCCCUAAUGAGAGCUGCAGGACUCCCAGAGCUCAGUUCCUCCAAAGACAUCCAGUACUUAAAGGACUCAUUGGCUUUGGGAAAGUCAGAGGAGGAGGCCUUGAAGAAUUUUAAAGUCAAAUUUAAUGAAGCUCUACGUGAGAGCUGGAAAACCAAAGUGAACUGGAUGGUCCACAGUGUUUCCAAAGACAACAGAUGAAGAACUUUUUGUGCCUGUACUGAGUGUGGAUGGGUAUCGAAGACUACACCCAGUUCUCGUGAUCCUGGUGCAGGAAAUGUAUCUUAUUGAUGCUGAUAAAAAGGGCUGUUUCCUUGUCUUUUCUGUGUUGUAUGUUCAUAUUUUUAAACCACUUUAAUUCAUGUUUGGUGAAUGUUUACACUGGCACUGUAAUACUGGUUGAUUAUGAUGUCACAUAAUUUAAUGAGAAUACAUUAAGUGACAAAGGAUGCAGUGGAAUAUCGGUGCCAGCAAUAGCCUGUUGACUUAAAAGAAAAAACAACACUUGUGGUGUUACACAUUGUUUACAUCCGUUAUGGAUGAAGUCAGUGAAUAUGUAUUUAUUGGUUUUUUUAUGUUGAUUGUGUUUUUUAAAUAACGUUAUUUCCAUUUACAUUUUCUAUUUAAGAUUCUCAAGAUGGUAAAGUUUUUUUUUAAAUACCUAGAGCAGCAGUGGUUAUAGGAGUUUGCACCACAAUAUGACAGGAAAGGUUUUUUAAAUCUAAUAUAAAGACAUUUUUACCAAAGGAACUGUUGAAACUUUUGUAUGAAGUGUUACAUUAAUGAUCCUCUAUCCAGAGGUGUAAAAGUUAUGCAUGAUUUAUAUGCAGAUGGUCAAUUCCCUAGACUAAAGACAUUGAAAAUAAGGUUUAAAAAUAGAGUAUAAAUUGUAGCUCUUUGUGAAUCAAGUCAUUUACUGUAAAAAUUAUUGUACUGCUUUGUUAUUCUGUGUGCCUAAAUGACAGUUUUUGUAUGACAAACUUUGGAAAAUAGUCUAUAUUAAGCACUGUAUAUCCCAAUCACAGAAGAAUGAAAAGUCUGAACAAUUGAAUAUUAAUUUUACAAUUAAUCAACCAGAAUUGAUAAGGCAAUGAUCAUAUUUCAGAUGUUCUGAAUAGGUCCCAACUAGAAGUAUUUUUGUUUACGUGCACCUUUGUAUGGUCCGGGACAAUAUGUGCAUAUGUGUGUAAAUUAACAGUGAAUUUGGUGAACUUCAUCAGGAGGAUAAACUAAGUUGAGCCUGUUCAAAUGUACGUUUUUCAGUUUUCUGACACAUAAAAUGUUAUUGCAAAUAGUGCUGAAAUUGUCAUUUGAAAAACAAAUGUAAAAGUAUACACAGUGUUUUCCGCUGUCCUAAAAGUCAGGUGUUUUAAGAUUUAUAGGUUGGUUAAAUGACUAAAAGUAUGUGUGUGCACACGUGUUUGUCUACUAUCCAGUUUUUCAGUGAAACUUCAAGGGUGACACUGUGUAUUUCCAAGGCCACUUACGGAAAAAAACUAAGCAGGAAAUGUCUUUCUACGAAGAGCCAAAGUAUCCAUUUUGGGCCAAAAUAAGAUGAUUUUUGACAUCCAAAUUUUAUGUUGUCUUCAAUAUAAAUAUCAUUAGAUCUAGCUUUUAAUGAUAUUUCACCUAAUGAUGUAUCAUAUUUAGCCACAUCCAGACUGUCUGUUUUAUUGGAUUAAGCCAAUAUAUAUGAAAACUUGACAAAACAUUUUAAAAUUUUUCUGAAGUAGCUUGAAUACAGCACUGAGCAUAAAGCUUCAGUAUUAAUAUUUCAUGCAAGUUUUGAUGUUCCUUUGCAACUUUGUAUUGGAUAAGAGGAUCUAGAUCUAUCACCACCAUGUAAGAGCCAGCUGUCAAUGAAGAGUGAUGUUUACCAUGCCUGUGCCAUAGCCUGCCUUAAAGCUCAGUUUGUAAUGUGUAAAAGUCCUUUUUGUACAUUUAAAUGUAGAAAGUAUUUGACUGUCACUGAAA